GCCAUCAUCGGCACAGACCACCACUGCCGCGAGCCGUCAGCACAGACCACGGCGCAGAUUGCCCUCCCGAUCGCCACCAGAUCGCAUUCCAGGCCGCUGUCCCCGUCGUUGGUUGGUCGGUGUCUCCGCUGACCGGUUCGAUCCAGCCACAGAACCUUCCGUCAGCGACCACGCCUGGAUUUCCCUGCCAAGUGCAGGCUCCGACCCUGGCCCCGCAUCUGUCUCUGUCAUCUUUUGCUCGGACCUUGUCCGUCGCAUCCGCUCCCCGCUCCCUCCGAUUCGCUGCAGCACCCCUAGAUAGCUCAGCAUGCAGGGCACCGCCAUCCGAGACAUCCCCAUGGUGCUGUCGCCGCAAUGCCGCAAGCCACCGCCGAUCGAGCUUCCAUACACCUACCAACCCGUCCCAGACAACAUUACUGACCUGAUUGGAUACGACUUUUCCUUUGAACGAUCGUUCCUGGAAACGCUCAGAGCUGAGCGCGAGCAGCAACUUGAGCAGCAGCGACUGCGAGCUGCCCGCAAAGAGAAACGAGAACAGCUUCGGAAGGAGAGAGAGCGGCAGCGGGCACCUGGUCUCUCGGAUGGGCCGAUUCAACCCCAGCCCGCUGCAUCGACCAAGCCUCCAGCCAGCCAGCAAGGGCCUUUACUCGAAGGUCGGGACUCUGGUGCGAGCACACCGAGAAACGUUCCUUCUUCCCCGAAAGUUCGCUCCAAGAUCGACUACGCCGAGUUUGAGCUGGGCAUCGCGCCUCUCGAUCCAUGGGAUGCGGCGGCCAAGAAGGACGACUUGAACGAACUCAUGGAAGUCUAUGGCGAAAAGCUCUCGCUCCGGGAUGCUGCGGCCCGACCUCCAGCCCCCGCAUCUGGCUUCACAUCGCCGCCCCAAGUUGCUGCCACAAUCGCCUCUCCGCCCAACGCCGUCGGAGGCUCUCCCGGCUUCUCGGCACCACCAUCGUUUCCGGGCGGCUAUCCAACUUACGUUCCGCCAGUAACAGGUGUCUAUCCCAGCGGCCAUCCCGGCAGCAGCAAUCCAAGCGGGUUUCGCCUGGCAUACCCUGGCACCUUCAUUCCCGCCGAGUCUCCCACGCCACCGCCCAUCAAGCCAAAGAGCUAUUCGAGCCCCCGCUUUGCCGAGAAACCUCUCGGUGGGGACCCAGCUUCGCAGCCAUCGGGUAUGCACCAGCGGCUCGUCGGCAUGGGCUUCACGCCGGCGUCGGUCGCAAAGGCAUGCUCGCGCUUCGCCAAAGACGAAAAGAAAGCUGUCGACUAUCUGGUCCUGUUCGGACAGCUCUCCAAGCCAGAGUACUCGCCCGACGAUGUCGACGAUGCCAUCUCGUGCUAUCCAGCAGACCCAGCACUCGCUGCUUCGUUCUUGGUCCCCUACAAGGCGUUGCUGGAGAUGGGAUAUGCACGAGAGCCCAGUCAGCGAGCCCUGGUCAAGCACAAGAACAGCCUGGAUGCAGCCCUUGAUGAGCUGCAGGGCGAAUGAGCGACGGCCCUUCCACCAUCAAUAGAGUGGACGUGAACCACUCUGUUCCAAGUUGCUGGACGGCGCUGAAUCAGCGGUCGCACAUCCGCGCCGCCAUUGUGUUUCGGGCCGGCUUGUCCGCUUGCUGUCCGCUUGCUGUGUCCGCUUGCUGUGUCCGCACCCAUGCCCAACGCCACCUCCGUCUCCGGCUCCGAUUGGCCUGCAGGCGGCUGCGCAAUACAUCCGACGCGUCUGUUGUUA